UGACCACCAGACGGCGCUGAUGUCACUUGUUCGUCUCCAUCCUUUUGGCGCGGUGCGUGGUAGCGGAAUUGCGAAUAACUGUACUCUGUAGUUUGUUUUCCUUGUGUUACUGAAUCACAUUAAUCAUGGUGAAGGAGCUACCCGCCGACACAACCAAGGCUGCUUUUGAUGAGGAGGUAGCCAAAUACCCAGGCAAGGUUGUGGUGGUGGACUUUUUUGCCACGUGGUGUGGUCCUUGCAAAACUAUUGGACCAAAACUUAAAGCAAUGGAGGAGGAGUGGCCCGAGAAGUUAGUGGUGCUAAAAGUUGAUGUAGAUGAUUGCCCAGAAAUAGCUGAGAGCAUGGGUAUAUCUGCCAUGCCUACAUUUUUCAUAUUUAAAAAUGGAAGCAAGGUUUCUGAUGUUGUUGGGGCCAAUGAGAGUAAAUUAAGGGAAGCAAUAAGUGCACAAUUCUAAACUGGUUCGUCGGGCUGAGUUUGCAUACUCUACAUCUUCAAGGACAUGUGACUCCAGGGAUAACGUGUCUGAGCACAGCACCUGUUUUGGUGUAAGGGAUCCACAUAUCACCAUUGCAAACAUUGACUCGAACUUUUCACGAAAUUCUCACACCAAAUUGUGCAAGUAAAGAAUGUUUACAUAUUCCUUCUAUGUAACUGGUUUACGAUCCAAGUGACCGAUGAUUCAUCAAGACAUUGUAACCUGAAAAUAAAUCUUUUGUCCUAUGUA